AUGAGUUAUUGUAGUGAUUAUGAAAUAAGUAUUUUUGAAAUGAAUGGGAAAGUUAAAGGGAAAUCGAAGUGGUAUACUGGAGGAGAACAAGCGUUAGCAAGUAUUAAAGUAGAGAGUACAAGUAUAAAUGCAUUUUUUAUAAGAAAAGAUGAGAUAGUAGUAAUUGAUGGAAGAGGAAUAUAUCAAAGAUAUUUUAUCAAAGAAGUAGAUAUGUCUAAAAUAAAAAUUGAAGGAGAAGGAAAGAUAGAAACACUAUUUGGAGUGAAAGUUGAAGAAAUAAGUUAA